GUUACCAGGUGACAGGGGUGUUCAUGAAGAACUGGGACUCGCUGGACGAACACGGAGUCUGCACUGCUGACAAAGACUGCGAAGACGCACACAGAGUUUGCCAGAUCUUAGACAUCCCUUUCCAUCAGGUGUCCUGGGUGAAGGAGUACUGGAACGACGUGUUCAGUGAUUUUCUGAAUGAAUACGAGAAAGGAAGGACUCCCAACCCUGACAUCAUCUGCAACAAACACAUCAAAUUCCGUUGUUUCUUCCAUUACGCUGUGGAUAAUCUGGGGGCAGAUGCCGUCGCCACGGGUCAUUAUGCAAGAACGUCACUGGAAGACGAAGAAGUCUUCCAGCAGAAGCACAUUAAGAGGCCAGAAGGGCUUUUCAGAAAUCGGUUUGAGGUUAGAAACGCGGUGAAGCUUCUCCAGGCAGCCGACAGCUUUAAAGACCAGACCUUCUUUCUCAGCCAGGUUUCCCAGGAGGCCCUGAGGAGAACCCUCUUCCCUCUGGGGGGAUUAACGAAAGAUUUUGUAAAGAAAAUAGCUGCUGAGAAUAGACUUCAUCACGUGCUUCAGAAAAAGGAGAGCAUGGGCAUCUGUUUCGUUGGUAAAAGAAGUUUUGAAAAUUUCAUCCUUCAGUAUUUACAGCCGCGGCCUGGGAAAUUCAUUUCCAUAGAAGACGGCAGUGUUCUGGGGACACACAAAGGCCCCCCGGGUGGACCACCCAGCCCUGUACAGGGACCUGCUUCGGACCAACCGUGUGCACUGGAUCACGGAGGAGCCGCCUGCAGCCCUGGUCCGGGACAAGAUGAUGGAGUGCCACUUCCGCUUCCGCCACCAGAUGGCGCUAGUGCCCUGUGUGCUGACCCUCAAUCAAGACGGCACUGUGUGGGUGACGGCUGUGAAGGCUGUGCGGGCCCUCACCCCAGGACAGUUCGCCGUCUUCUACAAGGAGGGCGAGUGCCUGGGCAGCGGGAAGAUCCUGCGCUUGGGGCCGUCCGCCUACACGCUCCAGAAGGGCAAGACCAAGCCCCGAGAGGCCACCGAGGGCCCCGGCGACGGCCCCACGCUCUGAGCCGACGCGGACGCCGAGCAGAGCCUGGAGCGGGUGACGGAGCGUGGCUGCUGCUGGAGCCUGGGGAGCCUGGACCUGCUGCCCAGGAGGCCGAGGACCUGCGGCAGCUCCUCGCGUGCCCAGGACAGGCCUCCCGUCCCGGAGCGCGUGAAGGGCUGCAGGGCCGGUGCUGA